GCGCUCGCGAUGUUUCGUCCGGGCGAAACUCGCGCUAUAGUAGACCGAAUGGAAGAAGGGGAAAUCACUCUCUUCAUUUUUUCCCCCUCGUCUGCUCGUAGUAUUUUAUUAUUAUUAUUAUUAUUUUUGACUGCUUCUUUGGUCUGGCACUAUUGAUGAGUCUGGAUAUUCCAUUCGUUGUUUUUUUUUUUAAAUAUUUAAUUUCGUGGAUUAAAAGACGACCACUGGAAGUAUACCACGCGAUUACUGCCCUUAUAGAAAGUGUCCUACAUAAGGUUGAAGAACUCACUCUUCGUGCGAGCAUAACAAUCAAAGAAGACCAAAGAAAAAAGAUACAAAACAGAAUUUUGUGUUUAAUUUCAAUAUAGUCUAGAAGGAAAUAAGAUAUCUCAUUCCCCAGAGCAGAUGCUUGUUUUCAGAGGCGUGUGACAGGUAGAGAGAAAAAGGCAUAGCCAAACACAAAGAGAUUUAUUCUCUUCGCUGGACAGAAACUCUGCGUUUGAUGUUUCCGCCACUCUGGUAGAUAACAUCUAUGUUUAUUCUUUAAGCAUUGUUCAUCGGAGAUAGCUCUGCGGGUUUCGAGACUACGGUUCAAAGGUGAAAGUCUUAAGAUUAAUGGAUUCCACUAUCUAACAUGGAUUCUUUGUGCUGGAGCAGGAAACAAAUGAAAUGGUCAGAGUCCUGUCAAUUGUGUUUCUAUAAAAACAAAUUCGCGGAUUUAACAUAAUAAAAUAUUAACAAGGGCCCUAUUCAAAAUUGGGGUUAGGACGUGACGUUUGAUGGUGACUUCCCUUUUUUAAUCCUCUUCAACAUCACGGCGUCCCUAGCAACGCAAGCAUUUUGGGAACAAGGCUAUUUCGGCAACAUAGGUCGAAAACAGUUCUUCCUCUUCACCAAGCCUGCGAUUUUCAAGUCGCGUGGAACCCAGGCGCUCCUACUGUGCGUCUCCUUCCUGACUCUGUUGGUAUGGGGCACCACCCGCAGGUGCUCCACCGGUGUUGACAGUGUCAUGCGGCGCCCGGUGACGCCCAUGUCCUUCUGUGUCCUAGUGUUGAUCUGCUGGACUCUGACGUCGCCGCCCGCGCUUGUCAUGGCCAGGCGGCACCUGUCGCAGUCUCAGUCGCAGUCACAGCUGGCCUUGUGGAUAGAUGAGAGGCAGGUCAAAGCCAUUUACGGCAUGGAGAUACUGAUACCCAUCAUCCAGGACGGUAAAGUGUCCCCCUACUUAAACAAUGCCAUCUUAACCGACCAGUUUAUCAUCCCUGCAGAGGUGGAUACGGUCAACCUGACCUGGCAAGCCGGUCAAGAAAGUUAUACCUACGUCUUCGAUAACUUCACCUCACUGGACCAGCAUCUUCUGUACCAGCCUCUCCUGGGGAUCCCCGCCCGAGGGUACAUCCCUCGCCCCGCCACAGUAUUUCAGAUCACAAUUCCAUGCAAAGGUAAAGAUAUGGGCGUGGCCUCCCUCCUGCUCGGUUUAACCAUCUUCGACCAAUGGAAGAGACCGCUGAAAGGUACGCCCAUAGAUCUUCGUCUGAAGAAACAGUGUGUUGCCUUUGUGACCAGCUCUCUCUGUCGGCCCGGAUGUCGUAAUGGUGGCACGUGCAACUCCCAUGGUGUGUGUGAAUGUCCACAGGGGUAUAAAGGCACUCUCUGUGAUAUAGAUCUAACAUGGAGUCUCAACAUGGCGUCUCAACAUCCGAGCACAGCAAUGUGCACUCCAGCUUGUCAGAACAAUGGCACGUGCAUCUCCCCUGCCACCUGCGCAUGUCCGCCAGGUUAUCUAGGGGACUAUUGUGAAAAAGCUGUUUGUGGGCGAACGUGUCAAAAUGGCGGACACUGUCUCCAGGAAGGGUACUGUUGGUGUGCAGUUGGUUUCUAUGGAGACGCAUGUGAAUAUAAUUUGUGUAACCCAUUGUGUCAGAAUGGUGCUACUUGUAUAGGAACAAACCAGUGCCAAUGUCCACCUCAUUACUCUGGUCCACUUUGUGAACUGAAAGAUGAGCCUGAUAGACCCAAGCGAAGUAAAGACAACAAAAACAACAAAAAAGUAGUGAAAAAGAAACAGUCUGAUCAAGGCUUAGAUGUAAAACUGCGUAAAGCUGAGAAGAGGUUACUUAAAAUAAUAUUCCGCCGCAAGGACAAGUGGGAGAUGAAGCCAUCUGAGAACAUCACCCUCAACAGAAUGCACAACAGAACUGAAACCGGAAGCCUCAAGCUUGAUGAAAGACGUUUCCUUAUCAAGUUCCUGACCCGGGAGAGGAAACAUUUGACCAGCAAGGAUAAAACAAAGCUUAAACGAUUCAAAAAUUUAAUUCGCAAAUCCAAAAGCCGUCAGAAUCAGAAAAGUCCAAGAAGCAGACGAGUUUUUGAUGACUGAGCCCCUUAGGGUGGUGAUUUUAUUACAUAGAUUUAAUUAAAAGAAAAAUACAAGACUUAGGGAAAUAUAAUUUUUUGUUGUUAUUGUUGUAUAUGUUCUAUUUAUGACACAGUUUGGCAUUUUUCAUGUGUUUUCAGAUGGAUUCAUCCAAUAUUUAUGUCUGUUUUGGAAAUGAUUAGAAAUCCAGCCACUUUGAAACAUGAAAUCUGUGAAUUGUUUCUUUUUUAACACAAGUUGUAUAUAUUAUAUAAAUUGCAUUACAAAUUUUCAAUAACUAAUAAUAUCUGCUUGAAGAUAUUUCUAUUCACAUGAUCAAUUUUAAGAUCAUUUAAAUUCACAAGUAAUUUAUUGAAUGCAUAGCAAUUAUUACAGGGCUCUAGAGAUCUAGUCUAUCCUGUCUCUUUCAAUUCCUAACUUUAGAACCCCUGAAAAGACAUAUUGCCUGUGCAGCCCAAGGCUUAGAACCACCAUAGUGAUUCUAUUGUCCCAAAAAUUGUAUUCAACCAAUUUGGCUUCAAUACACCCCUGGUGCAAUGAAUAUGCUAGAAAAUAUUAUUUUUGGUUUAACAUGCUUAUAGAAAACAAUGCAUCUAAUUUCAAUUUUUGAACUUAAAUUCUGGCUUGUACCUGGCCAUCAUAUUUGGACAUGGCUAUCACAUGUUUUCCUAUAGUGGCCAAUUUUUAUGGUCAUAUCUCGGCCUUGCGAUAGUAGCAAUCUGGCCUUUUAUCUCAGGACAAUGAAGAGUUAUUUUAAAACUAUUUUGAUUUUUUUUCUUUUGCUGGAACAAAUGUGUGCUUCCAAUUCAGUUUGUAGGACUUGUACAUGAUUCUGGUCCAAAUAUUGUCUAGUCUAUUAUAUACACAAACAAUGUGUUUUUACUUAUAUUAAAUAUAAUAAUUCAGUUACUGUCAUUGUUUUGUUCUGUAUCAGUGUAGAUAUUAUAUGAUGUUUAUGAGAUGUGGAAGUGUUAAGUUCCAUUGCUUAGAUCAUUCUAGUGGUCUAAAUUUAAAUGUUAAGUGGACUAGACAUUGACUAGACUGUAUGUGGUCUAAAUGCUAACUGGUCUAGAUGUCAAGAAAAUGUACAUAUUAUUAUAUAUAUAUAUCACAAUAAUUAAUACUAAAUAUUGCCUCCACACUCCAUCUGAAGACAACAUUAGAACCUUUGAGUUUUUGUCAACAAUACUAUAGAUUAAGUUUUACAAUAGUUGUCUAAUGCAACAACUAGAUAUUGCAUUCUUGUUUUAGUAUCUCAUUUAGCUGGAGUCAUUGUAGUCUUUAAAAGUAGAUUUUCUUAAAGGAUAAGGUGUUGUGGACUGUCGUUGACUUGUAGCACCAAACUACUGGUAGACAGCUAAACUGCUGUAGGCAUAAUAUAUUAACUUAUAAAAAUUUAAAUAACUUGAAAAGCAUCUUUGUAAACAAUACUACAUAUAACUUUUAUUACAAUAUAAACAAAUUCAAUUUGAGAUAAAAUGAAAUCAAUGUAGUGGACUUUAGUAAUGAUAUGGUAUUCUGAACAUCUAACUCACUACAAAAAAAAUCUUUUUAGAUGGGCAUUCUGGAGUCGUCUGUUGUACAUAAGACCACUGAUGACAAUACCCUUUAUCUUGUGCAUCAUGCACACUGCAUAGCCAACCUCUUUCCACUCUCACACUCACACACCAAAGCAUAGGGAUAUCUUAAAAGUUACAUUUCUGUAAUUUCCACAAAUUACAAAAUAAGUGUCAAGUGAUUAAUUAACAAGCAAUAAUUUAUCGGACUCCUGGGUUAUUUAUACUGGAAUCAAUAUCGUUCGACACUAGUUUAAUAAAUGCAUUUCAAUAAGUCUUUAUUUCAAACAGUUUUUACAGCAAGGUACAAUGAUGCUGUAUUUACUUUAUUGUUCUUUUGAUAAAUUAUUUCUCCAUGCUGUUGCCUAUGUGUUCUAUAUUGUGAUUGUAAAUUCCUUGUGGUAUCUUUAUGUUCAUUCAAUAUGUUUAUUGUGGAAGCGUAUUUUUAUCUUAUUUGUGAAGGUCAAAGGUUUAAAAAUAUGAAUUCUUAUUACCACUUCUUUUUAUAUUUUAUUUAUUACAAUGUUGUUUUUUUUUUGUUUUGUUGUGUUUUUAUUAUUUUUAAAAGAAAUAAAAAAAAAUUAAUGUUCACUGGAUAUAAAUAUUUGUUACAGUUUUUUUUUUCCCUUCUUGUUUCUAUUUAGCCUUUCUUUUUCUGUAUUUAUAUAAGAUCACAAGUAACAAAAUAUUCUAUAAAUGGUUACUUCUGUUUACUUAACAUAAACACCAUACAUUUAGUGGGGGGGUAAAAAUCCACAUUGUAAGAGCGGGAAGAAAUCUUCAUGAAAGUCAAGCUUCCAGAAGAAAUAGUGACAACAAGUUCAUUGUGGCUGGUGUCUCCUUAGCCAAUCCUAAGCUUGCUUUAAUUAUAUAAUAUUUAAGGGACGUAACUGAUGUAUGUACAUUAAAUUUAAAAAAAAACAUUAGAUUGUCUCCCUUUACA